CUCCCAUCCACGCCCUCGACGCCCAGCAGCUCUCGUCUCUCACUACCACCACCACCUCGCGUCUGUCCCUGUGCCGUUCCAUCUCUUGCUGCGUCUCCUGCCGCCGCCGCAUCGCCGCACACUCCCUCCGGCUCGCCGCCGCGCCUCUCGCACCCUUCUCCUUCUCACCUUCUCGCCCACCCGACGCAGCUGCCCAGCAUGGCGCAGUACCAGCGUCCGCAGGACAUGUAUGCCCACUCCAACGCCUCGCAGUUCGACGAGCGCUACACGGCGCCCGCACAGCCGCUGCCGCAGGGCGGCAGCAGCGGGCAGCAGGCCUACUACUCGCAGGGGCCGUACAAGCACGAGCAGGACCAGUACAGCUACGCCGGCUCCGAGACGCCCUACGGCGGCAUCCCACCGCAGGGCAACACGUACCGCGACUACCCGCAGGGCGGUGCCGGACCCAAUGCCGCACAAAAUGCCGCGCAGAAGUACUCGUACGCGCCGCAGAAGAAGGGCGUGAGCAAGUGGAUCAAGAUCGGCAUCCCGCUGCUGCUGCUCGUCAUUGCCGGCGCCGUCGUCGGCGGCGUGCUCGGCUCGCGCGCCGCGAGCAGCAGCUCGAAGGGCGGCAGCAGCGCCAACGACAGCGAGACGAAGAGCACUUGGACGGGCUCCUCGAGCGGCGACAAGCCUGCGACGGCCGACGGCAGCACGCUCUCGGCCGCGUCGCAGGCGGCGCAGCGCGGCGGCGUCGACGACCUGACGUACCAGGGCACGGACCUGUACGGCAACCCGUCGUUCAAGGCCGCCGCCACGACGGGCUCGCCGACGUCGAGCGGCAUGCCGGGCGACGGCUUCGCCGGCUCGACGUCGCAGCUGCGCUCGCACCCGCGCAUCAUGACCACCGCCGGCCAGUGGUCGUCGCUGGCCGACAAGAUCAGCAAGGACGCCUACCUGACCGUGUGGAACGCGUCCAUCUUCGAGAAUGCUACGGCCUACUUCAACCUCCCGCCGACGGCCUACGACAUCGACGGCGGCUUCACGGGCUCCGGCGUGCUCGACCCGGCGCGCGAGGUACAGCUGCGCAUCAAGACGUUCGCCUACGCCUACCACAUGAGCGGCAACAACACGCGCUGGCGCGACCGCGCCUGGAGCGAGCUGCAGACGGCCGCCGGCAACAACUCGCAGGUGCGCUGGGGCGCCGACGGCGACGGCGGCAGCCCGUGGAACGUCAACCACUUCCUCGACCUCGCCGAGGCUACGGCUGCCUUCGCCAUCGGCUACGACUGGCUGUACGAUGCCUGGUCGCAGGAGCAGCGCGACUCGCUCGUGCAGGCCAUCGUGCAGAACGGCCUGACGUACGGCACGUACGCCUACAACCCGACGGACGCCAACGGGGGCAACAACUACGCCUGGUGGCGCACGACGAACGGCAACUGGAACUGCGUCUGCAACUCGGGCCUGCUGCUCGGCGCGCUGGCGAUCCGCGACGUCGACACGUCGGGCACGGCGCAGUCGAUCAUCGACAGCGUCAUCCCCAACAUGCGCGACAACUGCAUGCAGGGCGUGCUCUCCGACGGCACGUGGAGCGAGACGGCCAACUACUGGUACUUCGGCACGUCGGCCGCCGCGCGCGCCGUCUCGGCCCUCAUCACCGCCACGGGCAGCGACCAGGGCCUGAUGGCGGCGAACCCCAACUUCGGCAAGACGGGCGACUUCCACAUGGCCGUGUCGGGCAACGCCGGCAUGUUCUUCUACGGCGACAACGGCCCGAACAAGUACUCGGCGUCGGCCAACGGCAUGUUCCUCUUUGCCAACCUCACCAGCCAGCCCGAGCACGCGCUCUUCCAGCGCGACCGCGCCGACGCGGCGGACCCGCUGUCCAUGUUCUGGUACGACCCCUCGAGCAAGGGCGCCUUCUGGAACGGCCGUGCGCUCGACCAGUACUUUGACAACGAGCUCAGCGGCUGGGCGGCGAUGCGCUCGUCGUGGACGGACUUCACGGGCACGUACGUCGGCAUCAAGAGCAACAAUCUGACGGGCCACCAGACGCACGGCGACCUCGACGUCGGCACGUUCGUCAUCGACGCGCUCGGCACGCGCUGGGCCGGCGAGCUCGGCAACGGCAACUACCUCUCGCGCGAGUACUUUGCCUCGGAGCUGCCCGCCGCCACGCGCUGGCAGUACUACCGCCAGUCGAGCCAGGGCCAGAACGUCAUCGUGCUCAACAACCAGAACAUGAACCCGAACUGCGCGCCGGUGAACCGCUUCGAGACGACGGGCGCCACGCAGAGCAGCUCGGUCAGCUACACGCCGGGCACCGGCGAUGUCGCCUACUUUGUCUCGGACACGAGCAGCGCCUACAACCUCACCGCCGGCACGAUCAGCCGCGGCAUCCGCAUGCUCAACGGCCGCCGCCAGGUGCUCGUGCAGGACGACAUCGGGCAGAGCGGCGACAUCUCGCAGAUCCAGUGGCGCGUGCACACCAACGCCUCCGUCGCGCUCUCGUCAGAUCGCCGCACGGCGACACUGACGCUCAACAAGGCCGUCAACCCCAACGCGUACGGCGGCAACAACUUCGGCGGCCCUGCCACGCUCACGGCCAAUUUCGAGACCAAGACGAUGAUCGUCAAGCUGCUCUCGCCCGCAUCGGCGACGUUCGCCGCGGGUCCCGCGACGCGCAUCUUCGGCACGGAGCCGGGGAACCAGCCGGCGGGCCAGGAGGCGGACCAGGACAAUGUCGGCGUCACGGUGCUCUCCGUCUCGCUCAACGGCGGCUCGGUACAGAGCAUCCAGGUGCUCUGGCAGCCGCAGUGGUCCAACCUCGGCAGCGCCGACAACGCCACGCCCAACAGCGUGCCGCUCUCGCAGUGGUCGCUCACGAGCCACAACUAAGCGUCGAGUCUCUCUUCGCCGCUCCGCUCCCGCCGCUGUCCCGCUGCUCUCGCCUCAUCGCGCCGCUCUUCUCUCGUGCGACCCGUCACUCACUCCCCGCGCGGCGCUGGCCGUCCUGUCGCAACGCACACCACUCGGCGCGUGUAUCAUCUCUGCAGCUCUCCCUCUCAUGUCUUCCCUUGUCCCAGCCCACCGGGCGCUCCUGCGGCGCCGCGACGACCACAUACAUCUCAUCACAGCG